AUGACACAGCCAUCACCCAAAGUCCUCGAAGCCUUCUCCAUCUCAGGUGAACCAGUCCCAAUCGAUGGCGGCAGGGGCUUGUGCUUCCAGGCGGGGAAUGUCGUCUUAAAGCCCUCAGAUGACGACCAAGAAGCGGGAUGGGUCGCAGAGUUGUGCGAAUCCAUUAUGGCAAAAGCCCCAUCAGGGUACCGCAUAUCACGACCGAUACGGUCACCACGUGGUUUCGUCUUUGAAGGCUGGACGGCUUGGGCAUUGGUGCCAGGCAGAUCAGCCCCAGCAUCCAACUUCGAGGCGAUUUUGAAGGCCUGUCGCGCUUUUCACACAGAUAUUGCUACCAUCUGUACCGAAAGGCCUCCCUUUCUGGUCGAGAGACGAAAUCGAUGGACCGAAGCAGACCUGGUGACCUGGGGUGAGAAGUCGAUUUGUGAUGUGGCAGAUGUCAACGCCGACAUACUUUCGCUUGUCAACCCAGUUCUUCAGCAGCUCUCACAACUUCGAAAAGAGCUCCCGUCAGAUAUCAGGAGUCAACUGAUCCACGGAGACCUCACUGGAAACGUGCUCUUCGACGAUAACAACCCAGCGGCCCCUCCGGGCAUCAUCGACAUCACUCCCUACUGGCGACCCGCCUUGUUUGCAGAGGCCAUAAUUGUCGCGGACGGGCUUGCGUGGCAUGGUCAGGGUGAAGAUUUGAUCGAGAUGUAUGGUGCGGAAGAGGUGCAUUUACAAUUACUCGUCAGGGCGCUGUACUGGCGAUGUUUGACAUUUGCGAUUGAUUCGGAUGAGGCUUGGGUUAGGGACAACUGGCCACAUACAGAUUAUGGCCGAGCGGUAGAGAUUGUGCAAAAGAUUAUGGGCAAGUAA